AAUUAAGUGAUGAGUGUGAAUUCUAUAAACCUUUGCAUGUUAUUUUGGCAUUAUUGAAGUAUGUCCGUGAAAUAAGAGUGUAAGUGCACCAAAGUUGUCUUUCUUGGGUAACCAUGCACAGAACCUUAGCAAGCUGUAGGUCAUGCAAGGACUCACCUUCCUCAUUUCCCUCAAACCCAAACCUUUCAUUCCAUUCUCCCUUCGAUUCUCAACCACCAUCGCCACCCCUUCAUCUCCAUCACUUCAACACAGCAUCGCCACCACACUCCACGCUCUCUGCGACUCCAACCGUUUCUCCGAAGCGCACCAAUGCUUCUCCAUUUCCCUCGCCUCCGGUUCCGUCCCCGACCACCGAACCUGCAACGUCCUCCUCGCUCGCUUGCUACGUUCCCGAACCCCACUUCAAACCUGGGCACUCGUCCGAUCCUUGAUCGUAGCCAAACCCGGUUUUGUUCCUUCUUUGGUCAAUUACCAUCGUUUGAUGGACCAGUUUUGCGUGUUUCGUCGACCAUGUGAUGCUCACAGGAUCUUUUUUGACAUGAAGAAUCGUGGGCAUUGCCCCAAUGUUGUUUCUUACACUACUUUGAUUAAUGGGUAUUGCUCUGUUGGUGGGAUUGGAGAUGCACGUAAGGUGUUUGAUGAAAUGCUUGAGAGUGGUGUGGAACCGAAUUCGUUGACUUACAGUGUUUUAAUUCGUGGGGUUCUUCAGGAGAGGGAUUUGGAAGGUGGGAGGGAGCUGAUGUGCAAGUUAUGGGAGAGGAUGAGUGUGGAAGUUGAAUCGGGAGUGAAGGUUGCGGCUUUUGCAAAUUUGGUUGAUUCUUUGUGUAGGGAAGGGUUUUUCAAUGAAGUGUUUAGAAUUGCAGAAGAGUUGCCAUGUCAGGGUAGUUUGGCUGAGGAGGUUGUUUAUGGCCAGAUGAUUGAUUCACUCUGCAAAGUUGGAAGGUAUCAUGGGGCAGCUAGGAUUGUUUAUGAGAUGAAGAAGAGAGGAUUUGUUCCAAGUGAUGUGUUGUAUAAUUAUAUCAUACAUGGGCUUACCAAGGAUGGUGAUUGUAUGAGGGGUUAUCAAUUGUUAGAGGAAGGAGUUGAAUUUGGAUUCUUGCUGUGUGACCAUACUUAUAAGGUAUUGGUGGAAGCUCUUUGCCAUGUGUUUGAUGUGGACAAGGCAAGGGAAGUUCUGAAACUCAUGCUGCGUAAGGAAGGCGUUGAUAAGACUAGGAUUUACAACAUCUACUUGAGAGCUCUUUGUCUUGUGAACAACACAACAGAGCUUUUGAAUGUUCUUGUGUCUAUGCUUGAGAGCCAAUGUCGGGCUGAUGUGAUUACCCUCAAUACGGUUAUCAAUGGGUUUUGCAAAACAGGAAGCGUUGACGAGGCUUUGAAAGUAUUGCAGGACAUGUUAAUGGGCAAGUUUUGUGCACCUGAUGUUGUUUCAUUCACUACAGUAAUAUCUGGUCUAUUGGAUGCUACAAGAGUCGAUGAAGCUUUUGAUCUUUUUCAUAGAGUGAUGCCUGAAAAUGGUUUAAGACCUUGUGUUGUGACUUAUAAUGCUCUUAUCCGAGGCCUAUACAAACUGAAGAGACCGAAUGAUGCAUUCGGAGUUUAUAGUAGUAUGGUAAGUGAUGGCAUUGGUGCAGAUAGUACCACUUAUACAAUUAUAGUAGAAGGUCUAUGUGAUUGUGAUCAAAUAGAAGAAGCAAAGAGUUUUUGGCAUGAUGUUAUAUGGCCUUCAGGGAUUCAUGAUAAUUUUGUUUAUGCAGCAAUUCUGAAAGGGCUCUGCCGCUCUGGAAAUUUUAAUGAGGCUUGUCAUUUCUUGUAUGAAUUGGUAGAUUCUGGGGUCUCUCCAAAUAUAUUUAGUUAUAAUAUUCUUAUCAACUGUGCAUGCCAUCUAGAUCUCAAAAGUGAAGCUUACCAAAUUGUUAGAGAGAUGAAAAAGAAUGGACUGAACCCUGAUUGUGUGACAUGGAGGAUUCUUCACAAGAUACAAGGAAAAGUGAGGAAGCAAACUCUUUCUGAAUAUCAAAGCUUGUCAAUAAAUUAUGAAGGUCAGGACAUGGACAAUAUAAGUCAGGAUAGAAGCAAAUGGAAGUUUGUACUUUCGAACAAAAACAAAAUUGGGUUUUAGUUCAGAGGAUCUACAGCAUGGAUAAGGCAUUGACCUUUGAAUAAUAUCAAAGAGGAGCAUUGAACUAGGAUGUCCAGGGCUAAACCUAUGGAUGUUACCUCAUAACCACGAUGCUGCAGACUUGCUGAUGUACAUAUUAUGGUAAUAUGUGACAUCCAGAACAUAGCUGAAACCGAGUGUGAUUUGUACAAUGAUUACGAAUCAACGCUGGAAACAGUUUCUUGUGUAAAAGUCACGGUAAGGCUGCAUACAAUAGACCAUGUGGUCAGUCCCUUCCCGGAACCCUCGAUGGUUGUCCUUUUUUGAUUAUGAAUCAGCGGUGAAAUCAGCAGUUUCAUAUAAACUAGUUUCCUUACAAAGGCACAUAGACAAGCUUCACAUUUGAAGCAAAUGAAAUCUUCUAUGCUAAGUUCAGUUCACCAAUCACUUACAAUAAUUAGCCAAGGAAGCCAUUCUUGUAUGAGCACUAAUGUAUUAUAGACAGCCAAUUUAAAGGCCUAUUGAAUUAUUUUCAUAUUUUCUUAAGCUCUUGGUUGGUUGUAUAAAGAUUGUGCUCAUCUACAAAUAAAAGGUCACAUUACAAAAA